GACCUGUUUGCUCUAUGGGGACAGAAGCUGACAGCAGUGCUCCCUGCGUGGACCUUUCAUGGACCUAGGAGCCUCGGCAGAAGCUCGGUCUCAUACUGAAAAUGAAGACAUCUCGGCCGCAGGGGUGGAGGGCACUGGCAGAGCUGAUUCUUCUCUGUGCUGCUCUGGGCUGCCUCAGUUUACCUGGCUCCAGAAGUGAAAGGCCACAAUCUCUUGAGUCAAACGCAGUCAAUGAGAGCCUUGCCAAGAGCAGACAAACACGGAGUGUGGAUGUCACGCUGAUGCCUAUUGAUUGUGAACUGUCCAGCUGGUCCUCCUGGACCAUGUGUGAUCCCUGUCAGAAGAAAAGGUACAGACAUGCCUCCUUGCUCCGGCCCUCUCAGUUCUAUGGGGAACCGUGUAACUUCUCUGACAAGGAAGUUGAAGACUGUGUUACCAGCAGACCAUGCAGAAGCCAAGUGCGAUGUGAAGGCUUUGUGUGUGCACAGACAGGGAGGUGUGUAAACCGCAGACUUCUCUGCAAUGGGGACAAUGACUGUGGAGACCAGUCUGAUGAAGUGAACUGUAGGAGGAUUUAUAAAAAAUGUCAGCAUGAAAUGGAACAGUACUGGGCAAUCGGCCGUCUGGCCAGUGGGGUAAAUCUGUUCACCAACAGUUUUGAGGGCCCAGUACUCGAUCACAGGUAUUACGCCGGAGGAUGCUCCCCCCAUUACAUACUGAACACGAGAUUCAGGAAGCCCUACAAUGUGGAAAGCUACACCCCACAGACCCAAGGCAAAUACAAAUUUGCACUGACAGCAUAUGAGUCGUACUCAGAUUUCGAACAUAACAUCACAAAGACAGAAAGAAGCACAUCCAGUUUCAGCUUUGGUUUUAAAAUACCUGAAAUAUUUGAAUUUGGCAUUAGCAUGGCAAGUGAUAAUGGCAAACAUUUUAUUAGCAGAAUCAAGCGAUUCUCUCACACCAAAAGCACAUUUCUGCACGCGCGCUCUGACCUUGAAGUAGCACAUUACAAGCUGAAACCCAGAAGCCUCAUGCUCCAUUACGAAUUCCUUCAGAGAGUCAAGCUGCUGCCCCUGGAGUACAGUUAUGGGGAGUACAGAGAUCUCUUCCGUGAUUUCGGGACCCACUACAUCACAGAGGCUGUGCUGGGGGGCAUUUAUGAAUACACGCUCAUUAUGAACAAAGAAGCCAUGGAGAGAGCAGAUUACUCUCUUAAGGCUAUCCAAACCUGUGCCCAGAAUGAUUUUAAAAUCGGUGCUGCCAUUAAGAAGAUCUACGUCAACCUGGGUGUGUCAGUGGACACGUGCGAGCAUAUUCUGAGGGAAAUAGGAGACAGAAACAAGAGGAACACAAUGGUGGAGGACUUGGUGGUCCUUGUACGAGGAGGGGCAAGUGAGCACAUCACUACCCUGGCAUAUAAGGAGCUGCCAACAGCGGACCUGAUGCAGGAGUGGGGAGAUGCGGUGCAGUACAACCCAGACAUCAUCAAGAUUAAGGCAGAGCCUCUGUAUGAACUGGUGACAGCCACGGACUUUGCCUACUCUAGCACAGUAAGACAGAACAUGAAGCGGGCUCUGGAGGAGUUCCAGAAGGAAGUCAGCUCUUGCCGCUGUGCUCCUUGCCAAGGGAAUGGAGUCCCAGUUCUGAAAGAAUCACGCUGUGACUGCAUCUGUCCUAUUGGAUCCCGGGGCCCAGCCUGCGAGGUCACCUAUGAGAAAAAUGUCGCCAUUGAUGGGAGGUGGAAUUGCUGGUCAAACUGGUCUCCGUGUUCUGGAGGACAUAAAACAAGACAAAGGCAGUGCAACAAUCCACCUCCUCAAAAUGAAGGCAGCCCCUGCUUGGGCCCUGCUUCAGAAACACUUAACUGUUAAGGAAGAAGAGCUUCUAGUAGAUACUUCUGUGGGCUGCUCACUGCAAAAGCUCUGAGCCCUUAGGAACUCCGGCCCAGAUACCUCAUACCAAUUCCCACCUGGGGCCAGCCCAAGGGUAGAGGACUGUGCCAUUCAGGGUGUUUGAAAUAAAGCUGUUACUUGCAAAAUGCA